CUCCUCCAAAGCCAAACCUCUCCCUCUCUCUAGUCUCUCUCCCUCUCUCUCUCCUACCUAACAGCACAGCACAAGAAAGAAUAUUGAAAGAAACCAUCAACAAGUGACGAUGGAAGUUUGAGUUUGCUUCACCUUUUUAAGCAAAAAUACCAAUCCCUUGCCAAUCUAAGAAAUCAAAGCUACUAAAAAAAUCCACUACUAGCCUUAGGAACUUCCUAGUAUUACUCAAUAAAUACCAACUUCAAAUAAGAUCAAAUUAUUGGAGCACUCCACUUCACACUACACACACAACUCCAAUCAAUCUCAUCACAUUCUCAACAUCAAGAAAAUCUCCACUUGCUUCACCAUUUGCAGGGAAAAAAAUCAUCAACAAAGAAAUUAUUCAGAAACAAGUACUAUUCCUCAACUGUACACUAGUCCAAAUUAUAAGCAUAGAACCCUAAAGCAGCAACCCAGAUAGGUAAGCAACCUUGGAUCUGCUAAAGUACAAGGGUCAGUCAAGGUUUUAAUGGAUUCAAUUCAAGAAUUUAUAGGCACAUGCAACUCUGACAGCACCUGCAGUCUCACCAAUAACACCAGCAUGACCACCCUCACCAGCUUGGCUUCCGGCUCCGGUGCCAGCUCUUCACCAUCUGCUUCCAACAGCACCGCCGCCACCAGCAGCCGCUAUGAGAACCAGAAGCGCCGUGACUGGAACACCUUUGGUCAGUACCUCAAAAAUCACCGACCCCCUCUUUCCCUCUCCAGGUGCAGCGGUGCACAUGUCCUUGAAUUUCUGAGGUACCUGGAUCAAUUUGGAAAAACCAAAGUGCACUCAGCGAUGUGCCCCUUCUAUGGGCACCCAAACCCUCCAGCUCCAUGUCCAUGUCCUCUGAGGCAAGCUUGGGGGAGCCUGGACGCCCUCAUCGGUCGCCUCAGAGCAGCAUUUGAGGAAAACGGAGGCAAACCAGAAGCCAACCCUUUCGGAGCUCGAGCCGUUAGGCUCUACCUCCGUGAGGUCCGUGAUGUUCAGUCCAAAGCAAGAGGGAUCAGUUAUGAGAAGAAGAAACGGAAGCGCCCUCCACCACAACAAUCCAUGAUGCCACCUCCAGCAGGUGCCACUCAUUAGGGGAAAAUUAUAAUCCACUCUCUCUCCUCUUAAUCUCAAUGCUUUUAGAAUCAAUAUGGUAUUUAUUAGGGUUCUUGUUUUUUUUUUGUUGAUUAUUAAUCUGAAAGAUGGUACAUGAGCACUGUUUGUCUUUGGAUCCUGUUUGGUGUGGCAGAAGCAAAAGUUUAAAAUUACUGGGAUAUGAUGCAUAUAUCUGAUUGCUAUAAAAGCAGACAGUGCUGUACUGGUAGUAGACUGAUAGUGGGGUGAAAAGUGGCAGUGAGAGUGAAUAUACAUGGAUGCCAUCAUCUUUGUGAUCGAGGUGCCAAAAGCAUCACAUUAUUAUUCAUAUAUAUAUAGUUCUCUAUUUUAAUUUAUGUACUUCAAUAUAUAUAUGUCAAGUUUAGACUUGCGGAUUAUGUGCCUUUAAUCAUAUAUAUAUGCACUCGCUUUUGGGGUA